AUGCCACCGAUCACUCCAACCGUGAGCGGAUCCACUACGAAUUCUUCGCAUGGUCGUCAGCAGUCUGUCGAGAUCUCUCAUCCUUUCGUGUACAAAUAUGGUCGCCGCUACCUGCGUGAAAUCCCAGAGUACCCUCUACCGGUAGAUCUCGCCGAGCUGCAUAGACAAACGCUCAGGACAACUUUGCUCCUAGACGUCUUCGGCACACCAUUUAGCUCAAGGCUCGGUCAUCCACCAGAAAAAGUAUUGGAAGUUCUAUGCGGACCAGCAGUUUGGUCUCUCAGGUGUGAUCAAUAUCUGAAACAGAAGGGACUGAAGAAUGUGUCUUUCACAGGCGUUGAUAUCGCGCCCCUAGCUCCAGAUCUGACAAAGUACGGAGUCAAUUGGCGCUUUGUUCUACACGAUAUACGGAAGCCACCGCUACCGUUUGCUGAAGAGUUCGACCUGAUUAUGGUAAAUGAUGGGACGAUGGCUCUGCCAUCAGCAAAAGACGUCAAAACCAAUCCCUUGACAACCCUGAAGAAGUAUCUAAAGCCUGGUGGGUGUAUUGAGGUUAUCGAAACAGAUUAUGUGUUCCGUUGCUUGCAGCCGGAACCUGCUACGGCUCAUGGAACGAAUUCCAAGGAUGCUGAGCAAGCGAGAAAGACUGCAACGUAUACGGUUGGUCCAGCGACACCCUUCUCUAAAGCCCAGAAUCGUUUCUUCACUGAUUACAACAAGUGGGUGGAGAAAGCGCUCCAGGAAUGGGAUUUUACUGUGACUCCGUGUGCCGUCAUGAGCUUUGGGCUGUCAACCGAAAGAAUUGGCUACGAAGAAGUUGGCAGUCGUCGGGUGGCGAUUCCAUUCUCAUAUAUCCGUUGGGAGACUGAUUUGGAAUCAGAAUUUCCCAUGGAGACAGAUCAUCGCCCCGAAGGAAAACAAACGAGCAGAAGCAAAGGCUUGACCAAGGGUUCGAACCCAACGAAGUAUGCUCAGCCUCUCACCUCAGACCAGGCCGCAUUGAGACAAACCGCUUUGAAUAUUGCUGUUGGUCUGAUAGAGUGCUUGGAGCCACUCCUGAUGAAGGAGAGUGGAAAGAAGCAAGAUGAAUGGGAUCGAUGGUGGUCAGCUAUGAUGACAGACCUUUUCGAACGCAAUGGCACUAUCAAUGGUGAGUGCCUUGAAGCAGGUGUUUGGUGGGCUCGAAAGGCUGGAGAAGAUGAAGAAUCGGAAACAGACUCGGAUCAGGAGGAAUAG